AUGUCCGGGAACAACCUGGUCCUCCCCAUCGUGCUGUGGGGCCGUGCGGCUCCCACACACUGCGUCAGUAGCCUCCUGGUCCUGGACGACUGCAGCGCGGUCAUCACGGGCUGUCAUGACGGCCAGAUCUGCCUGUGGGACACGACCCCGGAGCUGGAGAUGUGUCCCAGGGCCAUGCUGUUCGGACACACUUCCUCCAUUACAUGUUUGGCUAAAGCUAGCGCUUGUGCGGAGAAACAGUACAUUGUUAGCGCCUCUGAGAACGGAGAGAUGUGUCUUUGGGACGUGAACGACGGCAGAUGCAUCGAGUUCACCAAACUGAACUGUGCCCACACCGACAUCCAGUUUUACCAGUUCACCAUCGGGACGCAGAAGGAGGGCCGACUGCUCUGUAACGGUCACUACCCUGAGAUCCUGGUGCUGGACGCCACCAGUCUGGAGGUGCUCUACUCCCUGGUCUCCAAGAUCUCCCCCGACUGGAUCAGCGCCAUGAGCAUCAUCCGCUCCCAUCGCACACAAGAGGACACAGUCGUGGCCGUCUCAGUGACCGGGAUCCUCAAGGUGUGGAUCAUCACGGCCGAGGUCAGCCGCAUGCAGGACUUGGACCCUGUCUUUGAAGAUGAGUCCAAACCCAUCCACUGCCAGAGCUGCCAAAGCAUCUCCUUCUGCCACUUCACCCAGAACAGUCUGCUGGUGGUCUGCUCCAAAUACUGGCGGGUGUUGGACGUGGCUGACUACUCUGUGCUCUGCUCUGUGAACUGUGAGCCUGAUCAGUCCUGGACUGGAGGGGACUUCUUAUCUGCAGACAAAGUGAUCAUCUGGACCGAAGACGGCUGCAGCUACAUCUACACACUCCCCCCCAGUUGCCUGUCCGCCAGCGAACAUUUCCGCAGUGACGUGGGCAAGACCAAAGAGGGCGCUGUGCCCCCUCUCAUCUACAAGAUGGCUGAGCAUCCAGACAGAAAGCUGCUCAUCUGUCCCCCCGUCACACACUUCUUCUUCAGUCGGAGGGAGCCCUUUCACAAGCUGCUGAUCCAGGGAGACUCAGAGGGGAGACUGACCCUGUGGAGAGUCCCAGACCACAUCCCAGCCCCGCAGGCCACCCCCCCAGGAGUCCACACAGAGCUGCCCAUCUCCACCACCCUCAGUCUGCAGGAGUCCUUCGACCGCCUCCUGCCCGUGUCGUCCGGGAUCAUCGACCAGCUCAGCACCCUGCCUGGGAAAGACCAGCCCAUCAAGGUGACGGCCAGUGUGUACAUCCCGGCUCAGGGCCGCCUGGUGUGUGGGCGCGAGGACGGAAGCAUCAUCCUGGUCCCUGCCACACAGACCGCCAUCGUGCAGCUGCUGCAGGGGGAGCAUAUGCUCCGCAGAGGCUGGCCCCCUCACCGCACACUACGAGGCCACAGGAACAAGGUGACGUGCGUGCUGUACCCGUACCAGGUGUCGCCCCGCUACGACCAGCGCGCCCUGGUGUCCGGAGGCGUGGACUUCUCCGUCAUCGUGUGGGACAUCUUCACCGGAGAGAUGAAGCACAUCUUCUGUGUCCACGGGGGAGAGAUCAGCCAGCUCUUGGUGCCUCCGGAGAACUGCAGCACGCGUGUCCAGCACUGCGUCUGCUCCGUGGCCAGUGACCACUCGGUGGGGCUGCUGAGUCUGAAGGAGAGGAAGUGCAUCAUGCUGGCGUCCAGGCAUCUGUUCCCCAUCCAGGUCAUCAAGUGGAGGCCCGCCGACGACUACCUGGUGGUGGGCUGCUCUGACGGCUCUGUGUACGUGUGGCAGAUGGACACAGGGGCCUUGGACCGCUGUGUGAUGGGCCUGACAGCAGUGGAGAUCCUCAGUGCUUGUGAUGACCUGGCUCCUGCUGCGGUGGACGCUUUGAGUCACUCUGCCGUGAACCUCAAACAGGCCAUGACGCGCCGCAGCUUAGCCGCGCUCAAGAACAUGGCUCAGCACAAACUACAGACCCUGGCCACCAACCUGCUGGCAGCCGACAACGCAGACAAGGGAAACCUACCAAAAUACUCCCACAAUGCACUGGUGGUGCAGGCCAUGAAGACCAACGUGAGCGACCCGGACAUGCACGUGCUGUUCUUUGACGUGGAGGCCGUGAUCAUCCAGCUGCUGACUGAGGAGGCGCAGAGACCCACUCCCACCCUGGUGUCCCCCGAGAGCCUGCACAAGAGCCAGGCCGGGGCCGACAAGGGCGGCUCCUUCCUGGCCAACAAGAUCUUCAAGCAGGUGAAAGAGACCAUGAAGGAGACCAUAAAGGAGCACCUUCUGGAUGACGAUGAGGAGGAGGAGGAGGAGCAGCGGCGGAGGGAGGAGAAGUCCAAGUCCCUGUCUCUGCUGGAGUACAACCUGACCAUGGACACGGCCAAACUGUUCAUGUCGUGCCUCCACGCCUGGGGCCUGAACCAGCAGCUGGACCUCAUCUGCCUGGAGCGCCUCGGCAUGCUGAGACCCCACUGCCCCAUCUCCUUUGGCCUCAUCUCCCGCGGGGGUCACAUGUCACUCAUGCUGCCCACGUUCAAGGAGUCUCUGCUGAGAAAGCUGUCCGUGGCUACCGGGAUGAAGCUGACUCUCUCGGACAUUGUGGGGAAGGGCACGUACGGCCUGUCGCGCGCCGUCACCACCCAGCACCUCCUGUCCGUCAUCUCCCUGGCCAACACGCUGAUGGGGAUGACCAACGCCACCUUUGUGGGUGAGCACAUGAAGAAGGCUCCGGCCAGACCUCCUCGCCCUGGGGGGACCCCCGAGAGCCCCCGCAGAGGCAGUGCUGCGGCCCAGAGCAGCCCACUGCCUCAGGCUCACAUCAAACAAGGUCAGUGCCUCUGCGCUCACAGCUCAUGGUCCAUCGUCUCCUCGUCCUGUCUCUGUCCUGUUGACGGCAGCAGCACCUCCUCCUCCUCCUCCCCCUCCUCCUCCUCCUACCACUCAUACAGGCUCACUGGAAGGAAAACAAGGAAAUAUACUGAAGCCUCCUCCCUGGGGCCUCCUCCCCCUCCCUGGGGCCUCCUCCCUGGGGCCUCCUCCCUGGGGCUUCCUCCCUGGGGCUUCCUCCCUGGGGCUUCCUCCCGGGGGCUUCCUCCCUGGGGCCUCCUCCCUGGGGCCUCCUCCCUGGGGCCUCCUCCCUGGGGUCUCCUCCCUGUGGCCUCCUCCCUGUGGCCUCCGCCCUGUAGCCUCCGCCCUGUGGCCUCCGCCCUGGGGCCUCCGCCCUGCGGCCUCCUCCCUGAGGCCUCCUCCCUGAGGCCUCCUUCCUGGGGCCUCCUUCCUGGGGCCUCCUUCCUGGGGACUCCUCCCUGGGACCUCCUCCCUGAGGCCUCCUCUCUGCUGCUGUUGUCUGUGUCUCUAACUCUGUGCUUCUUCUUCACCUAUUUCUCUCCUUCUCUUUCCAAGCAGCUGCUGCCCCCGGCCCUCCUCCUGGGUCUGGGGCCCCUCGGGGUCCUCCUCAGGGGCCCCAAGUUAAUCCUAGCAUCCCCUCAAUGA